UCUGAAAUGUAGCUAUUAAUAAAGUUGCAGAAGUGGGGCAUUAAUGUGUGUCUGUGUUACAGGAGAUGCUCAGUUCAGUGAAGCCACAGGAUACCCCAUGAUGCAACAGUGGAGAGUGCGGAGUAACCUGUAUAGAGUGAAGCUCAGUGCCAUCACCCUGUCUACAGAUUUCUCAAAGGUGCUGAAAUCCCUGACGGCAGACAGCACGCGGGAUGAGUUGCUUGCGUUUAUUCAGCAGUACGGCAGUCAUUACAUCUCUGAGGCGCUGUAUGGUUCUGAGCUCACCUGCAACAUCUACUUCCCCAGCAAGAAGUCCCAGCAACAGCUCUGGCUCCAGUACCAGAAAGGCGGUCUCACACCGAACAAGAGGCACAGCGCAGCGCAAGAUGAAGGAUGA